CGUUGACCGAACCGGUUCUAGACCAUCCAAUCCGUCCGUCCGUCCGCGAUCCAACUCCAAGGAAGCAAAAGAAAGAAAAAAGAGCAGUCGGCGGGGUAACCCCACGCGGUGACAGCCUGGCCGUAAUUGUGAAGUGUGAUGAGUGCGACACCUAGCUGACAAAAGUGUUCACACACACACACGCGCAGAAGAGAAGGAAGAAGAAGAUAAAACAAAAGUUUAAGGUGAAGAUCUAGAGCGUGACGCACAGUUCUGGGAAGUGCGCGCAUUGUUAUGAGCUUUGAGUGACAACAGCCGUACAAGAAGAUGCCGCUGUACUCCGAGUUGUACCACAACUACCUCGGCAAUACGCCGCUGGUGCCGACCCCGAUCGCCAGCACGUACAUCCCGCCGAGUUACGUGGGGGUGUCGCGGGGCUACCAGAGUCCGAUCACCGCGUCCCGGACGCCGUCCUUUUCGCGCGGGUACAUUCCGAAGCUCACCCCCAUCACGGAAUCACCCCUCAUCGGGUCGCGCAUCAGCGCCCUCACGCGGGUCAACUCACCCAAGUUCAUCCCGAUACACACCUCACCGACCUACCAGAAGCCACGCCGGAUCAUCAACACCGCGGACAUUGACGUGUCCGCCAGUCGAUACACCCCGGCACGGGACCGCUACAGCUCCCCCUCGUCCUCGUCCGUAUCGCCCGAUCCCAACAAUAACACUCUGUCCUCCCUUCCGAUCAGUGUCCGCGAGCAGGAACUCAUCGAGCGGAACGAGCAACGCAAGGCCCGCUCCGCCAUCAACCGGAACCGAACCGUAGUCCGGCUCAACACCAUCCGUGCCCGUAGCAAGUCCCGCGGCAGCCGAGGAUCCCGCGGAAGUCGCGGAAGCACCGAGCGCAAGUCCCCGCGCCGAACAACCCCGGAGAACUCCUUCGAAGAAGACAUGCUCUUCCGGGAACCUCAACCCAAGACAACCUCCUGGCGGGACCAGUUCCGCGAGGAACUCUCCCUCAACCCGAAAAAAGCCGAACCCAUCAAAAGUCCCGGCGAACUCCUGCUGGAGAAGCACCUCAUCCGGGACGACGAAGGCACGCUCCCACUCGAAGAAAUCGUCUACAAAUCCCCCGUCCUCAAACGGCGCGGCACCGUAAGUCGGCGCAAGAGCAAGAGCCAGGUACCCAGCUUUCACGAAAUCUGCGCCGACAUCAACUCCGACAAGCUGGACGACGGCCUCAACGCCGGCGAACUCCGCCGGCGCGCCUCCCAGAUCAUCGAGGACGAAAUCGCCCAGUUCCAGGCGGAACUCCACAAAGCCAACGGCAUCAUGGACGAAAACCUCGAGGAGCGCCUCAAGGAAGCGCUCGAGCAGCAAAUCAUCGAGUCCGGCGCCGACUUCCCCGACAAGAAGAAGCAGAAGAAAAUCAAAAGAACCCGCACCAAACCCCUGCCCAAAAUCGACACCGACAACAACGUCAUCUACGACCAACCCACGCUCAAAAUCACCGCCGACAGCCCCACCAUCGAGUCCACCCUCCAAACCCCCAAGUUACUCGCCGAGGUCGAACUCAUCGAGGAGUCCACCGUCUUCAAGCUACCGAAGAAGAAAAAGAAAGUCGCGGAACAAAAGACACCACCCGCGGAAGCGCUUCCGGAGCCGAAGCCAAAACAGCUGGAACCGGGCGAGCUGGCCGAGCGCAAAAAGACACAGGACCUGCUGAAGCGCAUCGAGAAGCUGUCGAAGCUGAGCGAGCGCAAGCUUCCCCCGGAGAGCGGCGACCAGAAGACUGAGGAGGCCAAGUCGAGCGUGUCAACGGAAAAGACUGAAAGCAAAGCGGCUGCGGAGCAGGUCAAGCCAGCGAUUGGGAAGAAAGUUAGUCCAUCUGAGAAGAAAGUGGUUCAGGAAGCGAGUACUGUGAGGAAGCAAAGUCAAGAAGCGUCAGUGGGAAAGAAGACGGAAACAGCUGCGAAGGCUGUUAAAGAACCUACAAUAGACAAGAAGGUGGAAGCAUCCACGAAAGUCACAAAGGAACUGUCAGCUAUGGAUCAGAUAGAAGCAGCUCUGAAGCAGCAACCUAAGAAGCAAAGUCAAGAAUCGACAACAGAAAAGAAGGUGGAACCAUCCACGAAAGUCACAAAAGAACUAUCAGCAAUGGAUCAGAUAGAAGCGGCUCUGAAGCAGCAACCUAAGAAGCUAAGUCAAGAAUCAACAACAGACAAAAAGGUGGAAUCAACCACGAAAGUCACAAAAGAACUGUCAGCUAUGGAUCAGAUAGAAGCAGCUCUGAAGCAGCAACCUAAGAAGCAAAGUCAAGAAACAUCAACAGAUAAGAAGGUGGAAGCAUCCACAAAAGUCACAAAAGAACUGUCUGCUAUGGGUCAGAUAGAAGCAGCUCUGAAACUGAAAGCUGCAGAGCAACCAAAGAAGCAAAGUCAAGAACCAACAGCCGACAAGAAGGUGGAAGAACCCACGAAAGUUACCAAAGAACUGUCAGCUAUGGAUCAGAUAGAAGCAGCUCUGAAAUUAAAAGCGGCUGAUCAACCAAAGAAGCAAAACCAAGAAAACAACGUGGAACCACCUGUCAAACAAAUGACAGCUAUGGAGCAAAUAGAAGCAGCUCUCAAGCAGAAAGCUGCUGAUCAACCUAAGAAGCAAAGUCAAGAAUCAACAACAGACAAAAAGGCGGAACAACCCACAAAAUUCACAAAGGAACUGUCAGCUAUGGAUCAGAUAGAAGCCGCUCUCAAACUAAAAGCGGCUGAUCAACCAACUAAGCAAAACCAAGAAAAGAAGGUGGAACAACCUGCCAAACAACUGACAGCUAUGGAGCAAAUAGAAGCAGCACUGAAGCAGAAAGCUGCUGAUCAAUCGAAGAAGCAAAACCAAGAAUCAACAACAGACAAAAAGGUUGAAUCACCUACGAAAGUCACAAAAGAACUGUCUGCUAUGGAUCAGAUAGAAGCCGCUCUCAAAUUGAAAGCUGGCCAAGAAAAGAAGGCAGAGCAACCAGCGAAGGUUGUCAAAGAACUUUCGGCUAUGGAGCAGAUAGAAGCCGCUCUAAAACUAAAAGCGACUGAUCAACCUAAGAAGCAAAAUCAAGAAACUUUGGCGGACAAGAAGGUAGAACAACCGACGAAAGUUACCAAAGAACUGACAGCUAUGGACCAGAUAGAAGCUGCUCUCAAACUAAAAGCUGCUGAUCAAGCAGCAGAAAAGAAACCUGUCAAACAAAUGACAGCUAUGGAGCAGAUAGAAGCUGCCCUGAAACUGAAAUCGGAUGAUCAACCGAAGAAGCAAAACCAAGAAACAACAACAGAAAAAAAUGCUGUGAAAGAACUGUCGGCUAUGGAUCAGAUAGAAGCAGCUCUCAAGCUGAAGAAAAGCCAGGAACCUUCGACAGACAAGAAGGUGGAAGAACCUACGAAGCCGGUCAAGCAAAUGACAGCUAUGGAGCAGAUUGAAGCAGCUCUCAAAAUUAAGACAAGUCCUGAAGUUCCUCAAGUCCCUAAACCAGAAUCCCCCAAGCUAACACCACAAAAACAAGAAGUCAAACCUUCAAAACCAUCCGACAUCGCCAUACCCAAAACCCCGCUGGAACCCCCCAAACCAGACUCCCCAAAGACCAAACUCGCGCUCGCGGAACCCGCAAAGCCCGAGCCUAAACCAAUCCUUAAACCUGCAGUGCGCAAGAAAACCGCCGACCUUAAACUACCCGCCGAACCCGAGGAGGACUUCUGGAGCGCCAUCAACACCCGCGAGACGGUGUCGUUCGCGCGACGUAAGCAGGACAUUGCCCGCCGCAACCAGCUCGUGCUGCUCCAGUUCAACGAGGAGGGCGAAGAGGAGCAGGAGGACGCGCCGAAGAGUAGCUGCAUCGUAACGAAGAAGAUGCAGUCACCGCCGGAGGGUAAGGCGGCGAUGCCGCAGUGGCCCAAGCCGGACGAGGAGUUGAAGGUGGUGGAAGCGGUGACGGAACCAACGCCGAAGAAGGCGUUUGAGGUGACGCCGGUGAAGGAGGUACCGCAAGCUCCAGAAGUUGAAGCGAAUAAGCAGAAAGUGGAAUCACCUCAAGGUCAAAGGAAGGUUGUGACAGAAGCUAGCAAAACGAAGCAAACAAUGGAAGUGGUGAAGAAGGUUGAAGAGAAACCGCAACUUCCAGUUGCUGAUGACAAGAAGGAAGUCAAGAAGGUAGAAUCACCUCAAGGUCAGCGGAAGAUCGUUCCAGAACCUAGCAAAACAAAGCCAACACCGGAAGUGGUGAAGAAGGUGGAAGACAAGCCUCAACUUCCCAUUGCUGAUGAAAAGAAGGAAGUCAAGAAGGUAGAAUCACCUCAAGGUCAAAUAAAGGUCGUUCCAGAACCUAGCAAAACGAAGCCAACACCGGAAGUGGUGAAGAAGGUGGAAGAGAAACCUACACUUCCAGUUGCUGAUGACAAGAAAGAAGUUCAGAAGGUAGAAUCACCACAAGGUCAACGAAAGAUCGUUCCAGAACCGAAAGCGAGUGUCGUUCCAGAAGAUUCGAAGCCGAAAAGUCUGACAAAAACUGAUGAAACUGUCAAACAAGAAGAGAAGAAAGCUGACGUCAGCAAGAAACCGGAAGACGCACCGAAGGAGCUACCAAAGGUCGGUGUGAUCAAAAAGGCACUGCAAAGUGCCGUUCAGGAAGUUUUGAAACCGGAAGUGAAGGAACCGGCGAAGAAACCAGCAACUUUGCUGAAACCAGCCGAAGAACCGAAGAAGCUAAUCAAUCAGAAGCUGUCUCCGAAGGAGAUCAUCAAAGCAGUCGCCCCCAACAUGGCCGCCGAAGCCGAGCGCAAGCUCGCCCUCGCCGCUCCAGCGGCAACCGCUGUAAAGAAACCAGCUGUCAAAAAGCAGGAAGAAAAAGCGUCAACCGAGCCGCAGGCGGCCGUUGAACCUGCAACGAAGACGACCGAAGUCGAUUCGACGCCACCGAAGAAGACGAAGAUCGUGGUGGUGAAAAAGGUGAUCAAGGUCGUGCGGCCCAAGUCGGAGGGGGCAGAAACCGCCGCCAAGGUCACCGCCGAAGCGGAACAGCGCCGGAAAGCGCAGGAAAACGUCGAAAAAAUGAAAGCAAAGGUGAACCAGAUCACGCUGAACAUGGGCGUGAAGCUCGAGGUGGAAGUGAAGGAGUGCGCAAAGUGCCAACAGGCGACGCUGACGGAGGCGGCGAAGAAGACGCUUCCGGUCAGCAGCAACAACAAGCAGCCGAACGGGAAGAAGCCGAUUGAUAGCGGCGCGACUGAUGCAGCGGGGUUGAAAUUGACGAAGAAUAAAUUUGGCGCCGUGUCGGAUCUAUCGGCUGUGAGUGCAGGUACGCGAUCAGUUGCUGAGCAAGUGUCGACGGGCGCGGUUGUGGUGAAGAACAAGGCAGGGACUCCGCAAGCGAAGAAGUACUCUUCCAGCAGUAGCAGUGAGGGUAGUGAGGAGGACAGUGAGUCGGAGACUUCGUUUUCCGGUAUCGAGGACGACUGGUCAUCGGAGGAGGAGGAAGAUAUGGCGAACGACAAGCCGGAACAGAAGAAGAAGUUUGACCCGCAGAAGCGGGUCAAGCUGAACUUUGACCAGAUGCGCAAAUGCUACGCCAAGGAGGAGAAGUCGCCGAUCGUGUUGGUGGCCCGGCCGAGGCCGCUCUGGAAGGUGAAGCGGCACGGCCACGGCCACAACCGGAAGGCGGACCUCACCAGCAGUAGCAGCAGUGCCAGCGAGGACGAGUCCGGAACGGGGUCGACCACGGACCGGACCUCGUCGGGAACGGCCUCUACGGCGGGUGGCUCGUCGGACAUCAACACCGACAGCAGUGUAAACAGUAGCCGCGGGGCCGGCAAGAAGAAAGUGGUGGUGGCCCCCAAGGGCAAGAAGAGUGAUGAUAUUUACGACAAUCCGAUGGUGAUUCCGCUGCACUCGGAACCUCCGAGCAGCAAGUGCUCAACAAAGGACGAGAACAACAAUGACAGCGCUGCGACUGGAACAACGGCCUCGGCCGGAACAGAGGAAGACGACGAGAACAACAAGAACCUGGUCAACCAUGAGGUGCGCAGCACCAGCACCAGCAGCCACGAUUCCGGCUUCUACGGCGGUGGCACGGCCCCAAUCAGCCCCAAGAAAGCCAUGGAAACAUCCUACACGUACGCACAAUUUCAGAAAACGGGUAAACUCACAGCUCCGGCUACGGUAAUACCCCGUUUCAGGAAAUACAACGUUGAUGAUUUCCAUUUUUUGACUGUGUUAGGGAAAGGUAGUUUUGGAAAGGUAUUUUUAGCAGAGCUAAGGAACACAGAGUACUAUUACGCGGUGAAGUGCCUGAAGAAGGACGUCGUGCUGGAGGACGACGACGUGGACUGCACGCUGAUCGAGCGCAAGGUGCUGGCACUGGGCACGAAGCAUCCCUUCCUGUGCCACCUGUUUUGUACGUUUCAAACAGAUAGCCAUUUAUUUUUCGUCAUGGAGUACCUGAACGGGGGUGACCUAAUGUUCCACAUACAAGCGAGCGGCCGCUUCACCGAGGACCGAGCGCGGUUCUACGCGGCCGAGAUCGUGUCCGGGCUCAAGUUCCUGCACCGAAAGGGCAUCGUGUACCGAGACCUAAAGUUGGACAACGUGCUGCUGGACUACGACGGCCACGUCAGGAUAGCGGACUUUGGCAUGUGCAAGCUGGAGAUCUACCUGGACCGGUUGGCGGACAGCUUCUGUGGCACACCGGAUUACAUGGCGCCUGAAAUCAUUAAAGGUCAAAAGUACAACCAAGCCGUGGACUGGUGGUCGUUCGGUGUGCUGGUGUACGAGAUGCUCGUCGGCCAGUCACCCUUCAGUGGUUGUGACGAGGACGAGCUGUUCUGGUCCAUCUGCAACGAGAUCCCGUGGUUCCCGCACUUUUUGUCCAAGGAGUCGCUGAAGCUGCUGCAAUCGCUCCUCGAGAAGGACGCCGGCAUCCGGUUGGGCUGUCUCAACACCGGCGAGGAGGAGAACGACAUCAAGUACCAUCCCUUCUUCGACCGGAUCGACUGGAAGGCGCUGGAGAGACGGCAGCUGGAGCCACCGUUCAAGCCGCAAGUGCGACAUCCACUGGACACGCAGUAUUUCGACAAGCAGUUCACCCGCGAGCGGGCGCGCCUGACGCCGAUCGAACGCAACAUCCUGGCCUCGAUGAACCAGGCCCAGUUCGAGGGCUUCACCUACACCAAUCCAAACAAUACGCUAACGAACACCUUCCCGGAAUACAAGUACCACUCUGCAGUGAAUCCUACAUUGAACGAUUUUCGAAGAAAAUUUCACAUCGACUUUCAUUGAUUGUUUGUAAACAAGACAUUCUGACCCUUUUUUCAAGUUUACCGGUGUCAACCCUUUUCAAAAGGUAAACUUGAAAAAAGGGUGGAUGUACCCCUCAAAAAGGGUUUGUCUACCUUAUGUUGACAGAUAAAGGGUAGACAGAUCCAUUUUUGAGGGGUACUUCCGAUUUUGAGUGUAGAAAAUAAAUACACUCUCGUUUAAAAUUAUUCAGUUGUUUUACAAAUCCUACCCAGAAUUGAGUAAAAGAAGAAAAAUGUCAGAUUUGGGUGAAUUUUCCUCGUUUUUAUUGGAUUCAGAAUGAAUUUUACUCAUUUCUAAGAAGGUUCGGUUUUGCGAUUACGUGAUCUGAAAUAAAAAAAAAAUCAAUGAAUUUACUCAAAUUUAAAUUUGAUUAAUUUUAGUUUUGAUGAAGUUUUAGUGAUUUUGUUGACUCUUUCAAAAGUAUUGAAACAGUGAUGGAAAAGUGACAGCUCGUUAGAUUUCAUUGCUCGUUGUCAAACCAACGGUGUUACACUGUAUGAAACCUACACGCACGAUUAAAAUCACUCAGUUUUCGUCAAAACCGAAGCUAUACAGAAAUGAGUGAAGGGGCAUCUGUCAAAUUUGAGUGAAUUUCACUCAGAUCUGGGUGAAAAUCCUUCAGUUUUCGUGGAAAUCUGAGUGAAAUUCAUCCAAAUCUGACAGAUGGGCAUUACUCAUUUCUGAGUAGGUUCCGUUUUGACGAAAACUGAGUGAUUUAGAACGUGCGUGUAGAAUGUUAGUCAAAUCAGUCCAAGCAGGCCACAAACUGGUACCCUUCCCUCACUUGUGUCACGUGUACUCAAAACCCAAACAAAGAUUUCACACCAACCCUGACCAACGCUGUCUUCGAUGCUUACUUUUUACUCCAAAAAACAGGGAAAGAUUUCCGGAAUACAAGUACCGACCAGUAACAAAUCCUUGUUUGAACAAUUACAGAAGAAGAUUCUUCUACUAGCAAAAAA